AUGAGCUCAGAAUUUACAUUCGGCUUCGGUGAUGAUGACAUUGCUAUUGACGAAUACGAAGAUGAACAAGUUCCAGCUGGUAAGACUUCAAAUCUCAAAGAGACCUGCAAUGAAGCCGGCGCAGCCCUACACGAAGCCUGUAGGGUUGAUAUGAGUGAAAUGCUUUCCUCGCUGCCUUCUCAGAUUUCAUAUAGCACCCUUUACCUAUCAGACCCCAUUGAUUUCCAGAUACCAGUACCAAUACCGCGUCGUGAAGUGUUUGAUAUCCGAGCCCAGCUGAUGGCGGAGGACAGCUUGAAAGAUGAUUUGCAGGAAGAAAUGAUUUCUGGUUUGGAAACCGGCGACAUCACCCCUUUGGUGUAUGAAGGGGGCUUUAAAACUUGGGAGUGUGCUCAGAUGCUGGCUUUGUAUGCAGGAUCACAGUAUCUCUAUUCUGACAGAAUGAAACAUGAUUGGGAGUUUAUAGAGCUGGGAGCAGGAACUGCAAUACCCUCUCUCUUCCUUCUGAAAAUGUCUCUUGACGAUCCGCUGCCGACAGUUGAACAAGAGAAAAGAAGGAUCAGUUUUGUCUUUGCAGACUACAAUAUUGCAGUUCUCAAGCUUGUCACUCUUCCAAACAUCAUUCUCACGUGGUACUUCAGCAAACAUCCAAAGGCCGAGCCCGCAUCCGAAAUCGAUAUCAAUCAUUCCCUUCUAGAAUCUUUUCAAAAUGACCUCUCGGCGCGUGGUAUAUCCCUUUCAUUUAUCUCGGGGGCUUGGUCUCCUCGCCUUGUUGACCUCAUCGCCUCUGUGUCGAAUGUCAAUGAAACUAGCAGUUUAAAAACUUUCAUUCUCGCCAGUGAAACGAUAUAUUCCCCCACAUCACUUGUUUCUUUUGCUGAAACACUGAGCUCCCUUCUACUUCAAAGGCAUGAGCGAAAUUCGGGUGCCUUUCCAGACCAAGUAAAACCAGAAGCUUUGGUCGCUGCAAAGGAAUUGUAUUUUGGGGUUGGCGGCGGUGUUGACGAAUUUCUGGUAGCCCUAGAAUCUGUGGCUGGUAGCAAACUACUGGCAACAAGGGGGAUGGAAGCGAUGUCGCCGGGCGUACGACUUACAGUACUAAACAUAAGACCAUAG